AUCAUAAUCGCCUAAAGUGCAUAGACAAAAGAGAGAAACGGUGGGAGACAUACACAGAAAAACAAAAUGUGCAGGCCACAUGACAUUCAUGUUUUAGUCUUAACACAUCCAGUACAAGGCCAUAUAAACCCGAUGCUCCAAUUUUCCAGACGCUUAGCUUCAAAGGGUCUCAAAGUCACAUUCCUAAUCCCCAUCUCCACCAAGAAGUCCCCCAAUUUGGUUAAUUCAAGCUCCAUCAAUGUUGUGUACAUUCCCGAUGGAUUUGAAGACGUUGACAGGGAGAAACUAAGCAUGGGUGAUGCUCUCAAACACUUUCAAGUCUCCGUCACGCACAGCUUAAAUGAUUUCAUUGAGAAACAUCAGGCUUGCGAAGAGAAGCCCGCCAAAGUACUUGUCUACGAUUCCUUCAUGUUUUGGGCUUUGGACAUAGCAAUACAACACGGCAUGCAUGGAGCUCCGUUCUUCACGCAGUCAUGCGUCGUUUGUUGUACAUAUUACAUGAUUCACCAGGGAAGGGUCAAGCUCCCAUUGGAAGCUGCACACGGACAAGGGCAUGUUGUCUCUGAUCCUCCAGUGAUGUCUGUUUUAGGGCCGGAUGAUUUUCCUUCGUUUGUCGUUGAUGUCAACUCAUAUCCUGGCGCGCUCCCGUUCGUUCUCGGCCAAUUCUCCAAUAUUCAGAGAGCCAAGUGGCUCUUGUUCAAUUCUUUUGCUGAGCUCGAGGAGGAGAUCGUGAAAUGGAUGGGGAAUCAAUGGUCGAUCAUGACCAUAGGACCAACGAUCCCGUCUGUUUACUUGGACAAGAGACUGGAAGAUGACAAAGAUUAUGGACUCAGCCUCUUCAAGCCCGAAGCAGAAGCUUGCCUCAAAUGGUUGGACUCGAAGCCACCCAAAUCCGUUCUUUACGUAUCAUUCGGAAGCAUGGCCUCUCUCGGAGAAGAUCAAAUGGAAGAAUUAGCGAACGGGCUCAAGAGAAUGAAGAGCAACUUUUUAUGGGUGGUGAGACAAUCGGAAGAGAAGAAGCUCCCCAGAAAUUUCCUGCAGGAUGUGGGGAUCGCUGACCAGGGUUUGGUGGUGAAGUGGUGCAAUCAACUCCAAGUGCUGAGCCACGGCUCCGUCGGUUGCUUCAUGACCCACUGCGGUUGGAACUCAACCCUUGAAGCACUGAGCUUGGGCGUGCCCAUGGUGGUGAUGCCUCAGUGGACAGACCAGCCGACGAACGCCACGUUCAUUGUUGAAGUGUGGAAGGUUGGCCUUAGGGUUCGGGCUAACGAGCGCAGGAUCGUGACUGGAGAAGAAAUCGAAAGUUGCGUGAACGAUGUCAUGGAAGGAGAGAGGGGAGAAGUGAUCAGGAAAAACUCCUUGAGGUGGAAAAAGAUGGCUAGAGAAGCGGUAGAUGAAGGAGGGAGUUCUGAUAAGAACAUCCUAGAAUUUGUGACGAACAUGGUUAAUUUGGAAACAUGAUGCAGAUACCCUUAAUUUUAUGCAAAUGCAAUAAUGUAUGCAUCAAUCGUGGAGGCAUGCUGCUAGUGAAUAACAAAUUCCUUAAUCGAUUUACA